AUGUUCUCCCAAUUCUCGGCCAACUCCUUCUCCACUGCCCCAGUCGCCGUCCGGGGCGUCAAGAGACAGGCACUCGAAAGUGUGAUCGAGUCGAAGAAGGCGAGAAUUGUGGAGGAGGAGGAGGAGGAGGAGGUGAUUGUGGUGCCAGAGGCCGACGUCGAAGUGGAAGUGAGCACCGAGGACGACGAGGACGAGGACGAGGUGCUGGCGACGAGAUGCGGAAAGAAAUGUGAGUUUUUCGUCUUGAUUUUGACCCUUUUGGCCCCGAUCCACCCAAUCAAUAAUCUCAAAAUCAAUAAUCUCAAAAUGUUUGCAGUGACGGUGCUGUCGCCGCUCGGAGAGGGCACAUUUGGCCGAGUGAUGAUGGUGGCCGAUGAAGAGGUACGUCGUGUUUCCCCCCAAUUUUCAGUUUUUCCUCAUCCAUUCCGUUUCAGGGCUUCAAAACGGCGCUCAAGAUGUUCAAGAAGGAGGUGCCCGAGGCGGCGCAAGUGUGGCAAGAAGAAAUUGAGGUUAGUUUCAAAUAUCAUCAUCAUCAUGGCAUUUAAUAAACACUUAUAAUUGUUUCAGAUGAUGCGCUUCAUCUCACGCCACAACCACGUCAACCUGGUGAACCUGGUCUGCGCGGGCCAGUUGAGGGAGUCGGGCAGUUCGCUCGCCGACUGCACCGACUUCUUCAUCCAGAUGCCGCUGCUCGGUCCCUCGUUGCUCGAGGUCGUGCGGCGGGCCGAGCGGUUCGACAGGGACGCGUGGCACGUGUUCCCGGUCGCCGCGAUCCGCGAGGUCGGUCGGCAAAUCGUGGCCGCAUUGAGCAAGUUGGAGGAGCUGGGACUGGUGCACACGGACGUCAAGCCGGAGAACAUCUUCUUCGACGCCGCCAAUCUGGAGGUGGGCGCGGAGAAGGCGGGCGACACUCCGUUCUACAAAUUGGAGUGCGGCGACCUGCACAUCCGUGUCGGCGACUACGGAAACGCCCAGCGGUUCGUGGCCGACCAACAGCACGUCGAGCAGAUCCAGACGCAGAACUACCGGGCGCCCGAGGUCUUCAUGGGCCUCCCGUUCACGGCGACCAGCGACGUUUGGUCCGUCGGUUGCACGUUGUGCGAGAUGUACACCGGCGAUCUGAUGUUCUACGGUGACAACGGUGCGGACGAGGAGCCAUUUCAGUUCCAUCUCAUGUUGGCCGUCAUGGAGGAGAAACCCACCCGGAGGAUGUGGUCACACGCGAAAAAGUUGAAGUGAGUUUGCUUUUUUUUACAUCGCCACGUUCUCACCGCAUUUUUUACGUCAAAACACCCUAAUCAAGGGCGCUGGGAGCGAAAUUUGUGCUUUGCGCAAAAUUGGCGACGAAAAAUCGAUAAUUGCUCAUAGAAAUUGAUCAAAAAGGACGUGUUUUCAGAAGCACCGAAAGUAAAAUUCUGAAGGAGAAGGCGCGAAUGAUGAAGAAGAAGCUGAAGAAGGUGAAGACGUUCCGUGAGAUGCUGCGAACCGACGAGAACGAGCCGGGAGCCGGGGAGCUGUUCGAUGCCAUCAAGCGAAUGCUCCGAAUCGAUCCGAACGAUCGGCCGACGCUGAAAAUGUUGAGCAAGGUGCCGAUUUUUAAGUGA